GGCGCCCUGGUAACCGGAGUGUUCAUGGCAGCAGGUUGUUUGGGAGGAAUUGCGAAGUGCAGACAGGUUUGGAAUUAACACCUGCGGCGUCUUUCAAGUGCUUCCUGACAACUAUAGUGAAAUAAUGUUCAAGAUUGGAAGCAAGAAGGAUUUAAACGUUGAAUACAAGUGCACAAUCCGUUUGUUAGACGACAGUGAGGUGUUGCAGUGUGAUUUUCAGCAUCUCCACAAAGGCCAAUACAUAUUGGACUAUGUGUGUAGUUCUUUGAACCUCCUGGAAAAGGACUACUUUGGCCUAAGAUAUGUCGAUAGUCACAAGCAACGUCACUGGUUGGACCUUAACAAACCUGUCAUUAAACAAGUUAAAGGAAUGAAUCCAAUCGUGUUCUGCUUCCGAGUGAAGUUUUACCCUCCAGAUCCUUUCCGUCUCAAAGAAGAAAUUACGAGGUACCAAGUGUUUCUGCAGCUCAGAAGAGACCUACUUCAUGGUCGACUGUACUGUGCCCAGAACGAUGCUGCCUACUUGGCGGCGCUCAUCAUACAAUCCGAACUUGGAGAUUAUGACAGUGAUGAGCACUCGGGCAACUAUGUAUCAGAAUUCAAGCUGCUGCUGAAACAACCCCCCAAGCUGGAAGAAAAAAUUGCUGAAAUUCAUCAGCAACAGCUUAGGGGUCAAGUUCCAGCCGUGGCCGAGAUGAACUUUCUCCGCAAGGCGGCACUGUUGGAGACGUACGGUAUUGACCCUCAUCCAGUCAAGGACCACAAAAGCAACCAACUGUACCUGGGAAUCAACCAUGCAGGGAUCCUCACUUUUCAAGGAAGUCGGAAGACACAUCACUUCAAAUGGCCUGACAUUCAGAAAAUCAACUAUGAAGGGAAAAUGUUCAUAAUUCAUCUUAUGUUCAGCGAGGAUGCCAAGGCAAAGAAGAAACACUUGAUGGGGUUCAAGUGCCCAACCCCUGUAGCCUGCCACCACCUGUGGCGAUGUGCCAUUGAACAGAGAUAUUUCUUUACAAUCCCAUCAUCGAGCGAAGUUCCUUCAGUGACCACGGGUGGUGGUCUCUUCUCUCGAGGGUCACGGUUUAGAUACAGCGGUCGCGUCGAGAAAGAAGUAAUGGACGACCUGCGGAACAUUCGCCGUGACCCUCCACAGUUUGAGCGCAGCUUCACCCGGCCACCUUCCUUCAGGUACAAGACACCUGCGCAGCCACGAAGCCCACCUACGUCGCCCUCUGUACAUGCAACACCUCCAGUUUUUACCUCGAGCCAAAGGCCCAGCCUGGCCACACAGGCCACACUGACCCCACAAGCAAACCAUACGAGCCCCUCUGCCACCCAGCCGAGGCCCCCCAUGGACUGUGGGGACGGAUUUAGAUCACCCGAGGAGCAUUCUUCAGCUGCCCAGCUGGACCUUACUGACUCUGGGGAAGACGACGUCUGCACUCCUCCGUGCACCCUCGAACUCCGACCGGACUCUACUCCAACGCACCUGACAACGACCGACAACACGCUGCACGAAACACCAAAAGUGGACAGGUCACCCUCUGAACCAGUGCCACCUGAAGACAUGGACAGUGAAGCAGCAGAACACAGUGACGAACCACAACAGGCUGAACUAAGACGACGAAAGUCCAACGCUCCCCUGUCCCCGCUCCGUGUUGGACUAAUGGCAUGGAUGUGUCUGCUCUUUAUCCUCACCUGCCUCCUGGUGGCAGUCAUGGAAUGGGACUGGCCCAUUUUGGCGAGAGUGCGAAAAAUGCCCGAAAUGGUGCUACUCAGGCGAGAGUACUACGAGCCUGCCAAAGACGCCGCGUCAGCGUGGUUCAGCGCUUUCCUUCCGCGGUGAGAAUGAGAAGACAUCGCAACCAUUUUUCCCCUUAUCUGCGCUUUUGUUUACACAUGCUGUGACUGGUGUAGAGCUGAUGAAACCUUUUUCUUUUCUUAGUAGAGGGUGUUUUAAUUGUGUCGGGAAAAUACAAGACGUCUCUGUACUGGUCGUAAACUUUGAGGUUUGGCAGAUUUUUGUGCCAAGUUUCCGUCAGAAAGUUUAGCGUCCACUACAAUUUUGCAACAAAUGAGAAACGAAAACUGCCAAAACCUGGCUGCAUAUAUUGCUUCAACAGCCUGCUGUGAACCUUUUGCAAAAGCUGAUACUUCCUCAGUUUUAUAGCAUUGGCCGCAGGUAGUGAAACAGCCACGCUGUUUUACUAUGUGCUCAUGUGCAUGCACAGUCUAUCUGCAUUGCAUGUAUGCAGAGACACAAAGCAAGAGUAAAAGCAAGAGAGUAAAGCAAAUAGAACAGAAAAUGCCUGCCUUUGCCACAAAUUAAAUGCGUGAAGCUGGAAAUUUACACAUUAUAUAUUUUUUAUGUAAGUAGUUAAGGAGACUUCAUCCGGGUCUCUCUCGGCGUCUCAUAAUAUUCCCCGGCACAAUUGAAAAUGUGAAGCAUUGAUGUUUCUUUUAACAUUUUGUGGAAAGAGAGAUGACAGUUUAUUUUUGGUACAAUGCACACGUUUUACAGUUUUUCCACAUUGAUAACCGUAAACAACUUUGUUUCGUGAUGAUGCAUGUAGCCAGCCAAAAUGUUUCAGCUCCUGUUUGUAUGAUGCUGAUUUUCUGCAUGUACAUUUUGAAGGUAGUUUCACUCCUCUGUGCGCAUAACAGUGUUUCUUAUUACUUUUAUUAGCAUGGAGCGGCACAAUGUUUUUUUUUUAAAGGGGGCAGCAGUACUGCCGUUUUUAAUCACUGGAUGGCAGCAGUAAAGUGUUUACGGUCAAGUACAUGUUUUAGACUGUGUUCAAAUUUUAUUUACCCCAAAAAUUUUUUAUAUGUUUCUGUACCUUUUGUUGCAAAAGCGUGUAUAUGCUAGUUGUAUAAAUAAUUACUGGCCUUUCUCUGCACAUAUGCUGUUAGUAUUAAAGUGAAUAUGAAGCGUAACAUUUUAGUUUAUUAUGCGACGUAGGUUUCUUUCUUUGAUGUUAGGUUCCAGAAAUUCUGUGUAUAGUUUGUCUGUUUUGUCCUUCUGUUAUGCAACAUGUUUUUAAACAUUCCAUGAUAGUUGUUUACUAGGAAGAUUGUUUAACAACAAAGAAAAUGUGCUAUGCAACAAUAUUUAAUUGUGUACAUAAGGAAUUGCUUACAAACCGGUAACAGCUGAGGCUGAAAUUUCUGAGUGCAAGCCUUACGAAAUCCGCAGGGUGGAUUGCACAUGUUGAAGCAUAUUUUCUCCAUAGGGUUAGAAGACUAGGGCAGUGUGAAACUUGAAAACAUUGCCGUCCGCUUCAACCUCGCAGGUGAAGGUCAUCUUUCAUUAGAAAAGCUGUCUGGUCUGUGUAUAUAUGCUAGAUUUUUUUUCUUCUAUCAUCAUGGCCUCGGUGAUAUUACAAGAGUGUCACUUGCACUCAAAAUCAUGAACAAGCAAAAAAAAAAGUUUUACUGACAUAGGACAGCUGAGGAUAACCUAGACAUCUCAGUUACCUGGACAGUAGUUUUUUGUUUUUAUUCGUUGAGCAAAGAAUUCAGAAAGACCAUAUUGAUAGACUGCAUGAUGUCUAGUUGUUUGAGCCUCAGUUCAACUAGUUAUACAAAUUAAGGCAAGUGAGUCCCCAAUGUCAUAAUUCAUGCUCAAAAAUGCAACAAUAUCCUUUAGGUGUGAGGUGUUUUCACAGAAUCAAAUUGACUUCCCUUGGCCAUCUAGAUGCUUCUAAUUCAAUUUCACUGCUGCAGACCACGACAAACAUCUUGUAGAUUGAUACGCUGGUUGACCAGGCUGAAAAAUUUUGGGCACUGGUUUUGAAAAUUCCUGUGCAAGCAAGAUACUAAUUAUAAACAGUAUGAUCUAAAAAGCAACAAUAUGUCACACACUACAAAAUUUGUUUUCUGUUCAUAUGACACAAAGUGUAUCUGUGUCAGGAAUUAUGCAGCGUUGGACCACACAAUACUUCUAAAAACAGGUCCACUCAAAACUGUCCAGGAAAACAACUGUCUGAAUGUGCAUCUUUGGGCAAAUUAAACAUUGCUCUUACUAGUACCCAUUAGCUCCUACUGUUACUAUUAAGUAAUGCUUAGAACUACUAACUUUUAAAAAUAACUUUUAAACAGUAGUGUUUAGGCUUCCUUUCCAACUUUUCACCUGCACAACGUAAAGCCAUCGCAAUAAACUGGCAGCUCAUUUUGAAUACUCGACAACUCUGGUACAGUCAACACAUUUUAUAUUGUGCAAAUAUAAUUUGAACCAAUAUUUAUUUUCUGCUUUGAAAGUCUGUAUUUCAUCCUUGUAACUUCCACGAUUGCAUUCUGCUGGCAAGAGGUGCAUAUCCUGAGCAGCUGUUCCAUAACACUGCUAGUGUAAAAAAAACCCUUUGUGGUUUCAUAUUUGAAGCUGGAAAAAAGUGAGAAAGAAGCUCAAAAUGUAUGUGUAAGGCUCUUUCAGGUGUAACAUGGGUGACGUUCAAAUGUUGUACUGUGACUCGAAAAUAUCAUAUUUUUCAGACUGUUCACGGAUCAUUAAAAUAACCUGUUUCAUGCUC